AUGGCGGUUGUACAGGGGUCAGCAACCACAUCAGGCAAGGAGCGUAGAUCGCCAGAGCAGGAGGAGCCCAGGUCCUCCCCUACACCUGGACCACCAAGUCCUAACCCACCACAGAAUAACGGUACCACAGCGGCCCUAUCCUCCACGGAGUCCCUCUCCCCCCCGCUCCCCGAGGGCUCCCGCGGCGCGCCCGCGCUGCAGCGCUUGCGCAAGUUCCUCUCUGCGCUGCAACAGUUCGCGGCUGACGUGGGCGCUGACACGGGGGAGAGGGUGCGGCAGCUUAUAUUUAAUUUGGUGGCUGGCGUGGUAACCAUAGAAGAGUUCCAAUCAGGAGUACAAGAAUGUACCAACUAUCCCUUACGGGCAAGUGUGCCCGGCUUCUUGCGGGCAUUACUGCCUCUCGCGCAAAGGGACUUGCACGCGAGGGCACGGCGGGGGAAACUGACGCCACUCCAAUACAUUAGGUCCCAUGAACAUCUAAUAUUAGAAGCGAAUGGUGAAGGAGACAUCUUUACACAGCAGGGCUCCGCUGAACCGGGGGCGAAGCGCCGGGCUAGCGAUCCGUUCUACGAAGCCCAAACGAACGGCGCACACGACGACUACCCGCCCCACGCUAAGAGAAGCUUCUUCAACCCCUCCCCCUUUUACCCCCUUCCUAGUAACGCAAGUCUGUUUGAUUACCACCCCUACCACGCGUACCACCCGGGGCAAGAAGGGUUUGAGAGGCGUGAUGGUGGGAUAGCAGUUCGCGACGUGUCGUCAAUGAACAGUAACUUCUCGGAGCCGCGUCCAGCUGGUCUGGUGAAGAACGACGACGAGUGGAAGAACAUCAACACGAUGCUGAACUGCAUCCUCAGUAUGGUGGAGAAGACCAAGCGGGCGCUGGCUAUACUGCAGCAGAGGAGUUCAGGUGUAGAACCAACAGACAACACAGACAUAAAGCGUGUAGCGAGCGAGAUAAUGGCGGCCGCUGUGAGACAGACUGAGGAACGAGUGGCUGAUGUCAGACGAAGGGCUGAGGAUGCUGUGAAUCAGGUGAAAAGACAAGCGCUCCUCGAGCUACAGCGUGCUGUGGGCGCUGCGGAAAGUAAGCUGGAGGUCGGGGAACGAGCGACAGAUGCUGCACCAGAGGCUGGGGGACAGCAGAAUUGUUGGAACUGCGGUCGCAAGGCGCAGGAGACGUGCUCGGGGUGCGGCGCCGCGCGCUACUGCGGCGCGUUCUGUCAGCACAAGGACUGGGAGACGCACCACCAGGUAUGCAGCGGCCGCGAUCAAAAACCGACCGCCAUGUUGCGUUCCUCCCCACCCGUUCCCACCACUAUCCCAAAAACGCUUCCCCGAGCCACCACUCCCAUCGCCACACAAGCAGACAAUCGACUCACAAUAACGACCAUAAACUCGGAACGAUUAAUUACAAAUAAUCUGGGAAAUGAUAGAAUAGCGCUGGCAACACUGACCACGCAGGGUCUAAUGGCGAUCGGCGGGAAGAAAUGACGCAACAAGGACUGCGCGGGAAACGUCAGGCUCCCAAGGAAGCUGAGGAAGUGAUUCGAUUUUUGAAUUCGCAUUCGUAAUUUUUUUUUUCGAAUGUGACAUUUGAAUUUUUUUUUGGAUUUUGACAUCGUAACUUUUUUCAUUUGUGACAUCUGUUAUUUUUUUUUGGAUUUUGACGUUUGUAAUUUUUUUCGAUUGCGGCACUCACAGAUUGUGGCGGCACCAAGGGCGGCAUUUUUAUAGAUUUGGACUUUUCAUUUUUUUUAAUCAGAUGAUAGCUAAGAUAGGCUUUGGUUUAAAUGUCAUGUGCGAUGUUUAGGUACUUUUUCCUAUUCAUAUGUAUUCUGUUCGGUGGUCAUUGCACCGAACAUAAUAUUAUGCCAUGAGUAAUUUAAUCAAUAAUUUAUUUAUUGUUGUAUUUUUUGUGAAUUUAUUGCACUUCUAUGCGAGUUAC